AGUGAAUAUUUCAGCUGUAGUCUUUUGGGUUCAAGAGAAAAUGGGUAAGUUUCAAAGGGUCUGUGUCUUUUGUGGAAGUAAUUCAGGGAACAGAAAGAUCUUCAGUGAUGCAGCUCUGGAUCUUGGAAGAGAACUGGCGGAGAGGAAGAUGGAUUUGGUGUAUGGAGGAGGGAGUGUUGGGCUGAUGGGAUUGGUUUCUCAAACAGCUUUUGAUGGUGGAUGUCAUGUGCUAGGAGUUAUCCCAACUGCACUUAUUCCUGUUGAGAUAUCUGGCCAUGCAGUGGGAGAAGUGUUGAUUGUAUCAGAUAUGCACGAAAGGAAGGCUGAAAUGGCUCGUCAAGCUGAUGCUUUUGUCGCUCUUCCUGGAGGAUAUGGAACCAUGGAAGAGUUGCUUGAGAUGAUAACAUGGUCUCAGCUUGGAAUACAUAACAAACCAGUGGGUCUCUUGAAUAUAGAUGGAUAUUAUGAUUGCUUGCUUGGAUUGUUUGACAAAGGGGUGGAAGAAGGAUUUAUUGAUCCAUCUGCCAGGAACAUUAUCAUUUCCGCAAAGACUGCUCGAGAGCUGAUACAGAGGAUGGAGGAAUACAUACCCGUGCAUGAUCAAGUGGCAACAAGACAAAGUUGGAACAUUGAAGAAAAUCACAAUGUAAGUUUGUAGCUGUAUACCCUUCUUUUGCCCUCCAGGAGGGGAAGGGGAAGUGCUUAUUGUAAUAACAUUUUCCUAAAAGGUAGUUGAAAUCUUAUGUGCAAGCAGAUAAUAUAAUAAGAAUUAGAGAGAGAGAGAGACAGAGAGAGAGAGAAAAGAUAUUCCAAAUGGACAAGGGCACUAAUUCUCUGAAGAAACCCUUUCGCUGAUUGUGUUUCUUCGAUUGACUUCACAAAUUGAAUGCUUAUAGCUACUUGAAGGCUGUGAGUGUUAAUUUAUGGACUCUCAU